GAACAGGUUCGGACAAAUCCAAAUGCUAACACAAAUGGCCUCAAAUGUCGGAAAUCGAAUCCGAUUCCUGAGUCUCGGGAAGCUUCCACACGUAUCUGCUUCAGUGUCGAGAACCACCCAUAAUCCUCGAAGCCUCUCCCUUCUUCUCCUUCAUCCUCCUGUUCUUCCGCUUCGUCGUCGUUGCAUCUCCAUCGUUCAUCGUCGUCCUCUUCUUCGCCUUCGCUCGUCUCCUCCUCUAUCCUCCAUGUCAUCUCAGGCUGAAUCUGGAGCUCCCCAGCAAUCCGAUUCUUCAAAAACGGUGAGGAUGGUGAUAAAGGGAAGAGUGCAGGGAGUUUGUUACAGGAACUGGACGGUUGAGAAUGCUGAGCAGCUCGGGCUCAAGGGAUGGGUUAGGAACCGCAGAGACGGUUCGGUGGAAGCGCUCUUCUCUGGACCAACUGAAGCCGUGGAAGAGAUGCAGCAGAGGUGUCGCCGUGGCCCUCCUGCAGCCAUGGUUACUGGAUUGGAGGCUUUCCCUUCCAGUGAAGAACCAGGAACAGGUUUUGAAUACAGAUCAACUGUCUGAGAAAGAGAGAGGGAGUGGGUUCCCUUGAAUGUUAGCAAUGGUUAUGGAUAAUAAAGAUGUAACACGUGCCAUUUAUAUAUCUAUGCGUCUUUGAUCAA